UUGUAAGGGAGCCGUGAAGACAGCAGUCAAGGUUCUACUGUCCACGUAUCAAAAGAAAUUAUGAUUUCGGUAGCUCUAAUUAUUUUGUGCUUGUUUCCGUGCGUUCAAAAUGAGUACUUUCGCCCUUCUUAUCAAGUUCUAAUCCGUAAAAGAAAUAACUUAGGAGUUUUGGAUGAUGGCCACUGCUAUGGAAAUAUUAUUCAAAGUCGUCUUAUUUUAACUGCGGCAUCGUGUUUAUUACGUGCUACUGAAACCUCAAAUCAAAGAGAAUUUUUCAAAUCUGAGGAGAUAGCUGUAUCCUUUAAAAGCGAAGACUUGAAUGAGUUGAUAUACUUUGCUAGUGGCUUUGAAAUCUACCCUGAAUUUAAUGCGUCAAGUUUGAAUCAUGAUAUUGCGAUUGUAAGUCUAAGUACACAACUUCCCCUGGCUGAUCGAAACGAUGUUCAAUGGGUCCUGGUAGCUGACUACGAUCUUACGAAUUCACCUUUGGAAGACGGCGUAGACUCUCACGCUUGGAAAGAUUCCGUUGGAGAAAAUGUUUAUCCGGGCUUUGGUAUUGUUCAUGAGAGUAAUUUAGUUGGAAUUAUUUCGUAUGGAAUUUUGUCGGAAAAUACACACGAAUCUAUUUAUGAAAAUGGGAUUCCAAAUAGAUUUACGCAAUUAAAUCCUUACUUAAGUUGGAUAUAUGCAAUCUUACAGAAUGUAGAGAUUGCCGACAUGAAAAACAAUAACUACAGUGCAUCUCUUCCUUAUCGCCAACGAAAAAGCGCAGAAAUAGUUAAGGAACUCUUUGAACCGGAUAGGAACGAAUAUUUCCCAGACCCAGCAAAUCCCAUUAUAAAUGUCAUUGAAGCUGAGGCAGAAGAUUUAACCAACGUAGCAGAAAUCAAUACUGAAAACAUUGAAACUGAGGGAGUGGAUUUUACAAACACAGCGAGCCAAUUCAACGAAAACAUUGAAAGUGAAAAAGGAUAUUUCGUAAACGCAGCCAAUAUGUGUCAUUCCAAGGGACUUUCUACAUGGAUAUUAAUUUUAAACUUAAUUUAUAUUAAAUACCACAUGUAAAAUAUAUUCCUAAAAAACAUUUUGAUUUUGUUUCGAGAAUUUUAAAAU